AAACAGUUAUAAAAUGGCCGCUGUGAUAAAGUGUGUCGGCGGUUUAUUAUUCUAUUUUCAUUUAUGAAAAAUAGGCCUUUAAAUCCAUAUGAUCGUUCAAAACAACAGUGAUUUAUUGACUGUGUUGUGCUUACCUAUAAACAAUUCUUUUGCGAUACAAUCCUAGUUCUAAGACAGUAGUAUGAAGCACCUGCGCAAUCUAUAACAUCGAGGGCUCCGUAAAUUGCUUGCAUAUAACCUGAAAAAUGGAGCUUCCACAACCUCCUCAAGACCAAGAUCUUCGCAACAUAAUCGACAAGCUCGCUCAGUUUGUCGCACGAAAUGGCCCGGAAUUCGAGAAAAUGACCAAGAACAAGCAGAAAAACAACCCGAAGUUCAGUUUCCUGUACGGCGGCGAGCACUUCAACUACUACCAGUACAAAGUGACGACAGAACAAGCAAUUCUAAAGCAAUCGGCCGGUGGCCCGGUCGCUCCAGCGCCCGCUGGGGCCUAUAUGGCACAGAACAGGCAAUAUGUACUGCCCCAACAGGCCGGAGCGUCAGGCACGGUGGCGCCGAGCUCUGCGCCCGCCGCGCUGCAGCAGUGGCUGGCCAACAACGCCCCGCCCCUGCAGCCCCCGCACCUCCCGGACAAUGACCCCAUCAAUAACCAGAUCACCAUGCUCAGAGAGCAAGUCACACAGUCGGAAAACAACCUUAACGCCCAACACACUGUACUGAUUCAACAACAGCAAAGUAAAAUCAAUGAGUUGGUGGCCAAAGCUCAGAGUGACACUAUACAGAUGAUGGCGGACGAGAACAAGAUCAGCCUCGCCGAGCUGGACACUGUCCUGCAGCCUAUCAUCGAUACUUGCACUAAAGACAGCAUUUCCCAUGGAAAAGCGUGGAUCUUGCAGCAUGUGACAUCUGCUGACGCUGGGAAGGUGAUCUCUCAGCAUCUCCUGAGGAAAGUGACGCAGCCAGGCGCGGCCUUCACACAGAAACUACACAUUAUUUACCUCGUAAAUGAUGUGCUCCACCAUUGUGCUCGCAAAAACGCAGAAGAUCUCAAGAAAAAUUUGGAAAAUGUGGUGGUUCCCAUGUUUUGCAAUGCCAGUAUAGCUGUUACAGAGGAGCAGGAGGCUAAGCUAAACAAGCUGCUCAAGCUGUGGGAGUCCAAGUCCAACUAUUUCGAGACGUCCGUCAUAGACAAAAUGAAGAGUCCGACGUCCUCCUACCAAGAGUAUCAGAACAACCUCAUAGCUCAACACUCAAACGCCAUCUCGCAUCUCACGCAACAAACCAAGUCUACAUUCGAAAACUACCAAACUCAGCACCAAGCUUUUGUUGCACACACACUGCAGCAAAUUCAGCAGCUGGAAAUGCAAAAACGUGCAAUCGAACUUCAGAAUACUCAUGAUCAGAACAACGACAGCAUGCAACAACAGAACAACUACCAAAACAAUUCUUACAAUGACCAAAGCUUCCAGCAAAUGGGUGGAUAUGAGCAGAAGUACAACAACUCAAACAACCAACACUACGGCAGCGAAUGUGGGGACAACUACCAAUCAAAUAACAGCUUGAGUGGGAACGAAAACAGCUUUGACAGUCAAGCAUUUGAUCACAUCACAAAUAACAAGAAAAACCAUGAUAAUCAUGAAGAGCCAGAUUUGUCACAUCAUUUGCCAAACGUUAACUUCUCUCAGCCUCCGCCUGGAUACCAAGUCCCAGAAGACCCGGCUUUGUUGGCAUUCCAGAAUGGUCUUCCAGAUCUGACCAAACCACCUCCGGGGUACCCCGCGUACGUACCAGAAACAUGCAAUGAAGACCUGAUGCCUUCAGUACCGUACUUCGAACUUCCAGCUGGCCUUAUGGUGCCUCUUAUUAUGCUGGAAGAAGAUAGAUACAGACCCCUAGACCCUGAGAAGAUUCGGUUGCCGCCGCCUGCGCCACCUAAUGAAAGAUUGUUGGCCGCCGUCGACGCCUUCUACGCCGCGCCCAACCACGAGCGGCCAAGAGACAACGAGGGCUGGGAGAAGCUAGGUCUAUACGAGUACUACAAGGCUAAGAACGCGGCUCGCAAGCGUAAGGAAGAGGAGAUAGCGGCGGGGCGGCGCCAGCGGUCGCGGUCGCCCACGCCCAUACCGAAGGACCUGCAGAAACAACCCACGCCGGCUGGCAGGGUUUAUAGAUCAAAGAGUAGAACCCCAGAGAAGAGGUCCCCCGCCAGAAGUCCCCGGUCGAGGUCGCCGUCGCCGCGGCGGAAGUCCACAGCGUGGAGGCGAGAGCGAGACGGUCGCAGAAGAUCUAGGUCGCGGUCGCGCUCGCGAUCUCGCAGCCGGUCGACAGAACGCGACAGAUCUCGGAAAAUCGAGCGCUCGAGAUCACCCAGCCCACCGAGCUUCCUCGGCUCAACAUUCUCGCCAGCGACCAGUGGCAUAGACUCCACGAACAAGGGCCACCAGAUGCUGCAGAAGAUGGGGUGGAGCGCGGGCGGGCUGGGCGCCGCGGGGCAGGGCAUCGCCGAGCCGAUCAGCGGCGGCCACGUGCGGGAUAGACAGGACCAGUACAAAGGUAUUGGUGUAAACCUCAACGAUCCUUAUGAAAACUUCAGGAAGAACAAAGGUGCAGCAUUUAUAUCCAGAAUGAAAGAAAGAGCGUUAGAAAAGAUGACGUGAUGUAGUUAGUUUUAUGUGAAUGUAGUGUACAAUGAGAUUGUGUGGUUGGGAUAUGAUUUAUUUUAUUUAAAUCAACCUGAUUAAAAGUUAAAUGAAAUUUUUAA